AUGGCGGGCUGGUGGCGGGCGCUUCCACGCGCGGCCCGGCGCUACCCGUGGCCCACCAACGUGCUGCUGUACGCCGGGCUCUUCUCGGCCGGCGAUGCGCUGCAGCAGCAGCUGCGGAGCGGCCCGGCCGACUGGCGCCAGACGCGGCGCGUGGCCACCCUGGCCGUGAUCUUCCACGGCAACUUCAACUACGUGUGGCUGCGCCUGCUGGAGCGCGCGCUGCCGGGACGCGCACCGCGCACCGUCCUGGCCAAGGUGCUGUGCGACCAGACGGUCGGAGGGCCCAUCGUGCUCUCAGCCUUCUAUGCUGGUAUGAGCAUUCUCGAGGGAAAGGAUGACAUAUUUUUGGACCUAAAACUGAAAUUCUGGAAUACAUAUAAGAGUGGUCUGAUGUAUUGGCCUUUCGUACAGCUCACCAACUUCAGCCUUGUCCCUAUCCACUGGCGGACAGCUUACACUGGACUCUGUGGUUUCCUCUGGGCCACCUUCCUCUGCUUUUCCCAACGUGGUGAUGGCACGUUGACGUCAGUGUUCACCUUUCUUCGGACAAAGGAGGCCAAGGCAGUUGAAAGGCCUCCAGAGAAGUGA